AUGGAGGACGGCUAUCAAAACCGGACUGCCUUUAUAAAAGGUGCCAAAGACAUUGCCAAAGAAGUCAAGCGGCAAGCCUCAAAGAAGGUCGGACGUUCAGUGGAUCGGGUGAGCGAUGAGUACAGCAAGCGUUCCUACAACCGAUUUGAAGAGGAUGAUGAUGAUGACUACCCCAUGCAGGGGAACCAGGACGGAGGCUACUACCGUGGAGACAGUCAGGCAGCCAACGACGAUGAAGGAGGCCACAGUGAUUCCACAGAGGGACACGAUGAGGAUGAUGAGAUCUACGAGGGCGAGUACCAAGGAAUCCCCAGAGCUGACUCAGGCAAGGGCAGUCUGGCUGGAGGCCCAGGCUCAGUGGGGGCUGGUGCUCAACAGUUCAGAGAUAUCGGGGCGUCCGAGGCGGAGAGGAGGAAGGACCAGGAAGAGCUGGCUCAACAGUAUGAGACCAUUUUACAAGAGUGUGGCCACGGGAAAUUCCAGUGGACCCUGUACUUCGUGCUGGGGCUAGCGCUCAUGGCAGACGGUGUGGAGAUCUUUGUGGUCGGGUUCGUCCUCCCCAGCGCUGAGAAGGAUAUGUGCCUGUCUGAACCUAACAAAAGCAUGCUAGGUCUGAUUGUAUAUUUUGGGAUGAUGGUCGGGGCGUUCCUCUGGGGAGCUCUGGCUGACCGGAUAGGACGUCGGCAGUCUCUCCUCAUCUCUCUCUCCAUCAACAGUGUCUUUUCCUUCUUCUCCUCCUUCGUCCAGGGCUACAGCACAUUUCUGUUUUGCCGGCUCCUCUCAGGUGUCGGGAUUGGCGGCUCUAUCCCCAUCGUGUUUUCCUACUACUCUGAAUUUCUGUCCCAAGAGAAGCGUGGCGAGCACCUCAGUUGGCUCUGCAUGUUCUGGAUGAUUGGGGGAAUAUAUGCAUCUGCCAUGGCCUGGGCUAUAAUCCCACAUUAUGGAUGGAGUUUCCAGAUGGGCUCAGCGUAUCAGUUCCAUAGCUGGCGUGUGUUUGUUUUAGUGUGUGCGUUUCCUUCUGUUGCAGCCAUCGCUGCCCUCAGUGCCAUGCCAGAGAGCCCACGCUUCUACUUAGAGAAUGGUAAACAUGAUGAAGGCUGGAUGAUUCUGAAGCAAGUUCACGACACUAACAUGCGAGCAAAGGGAUACCCAGAGAAGGUGUUUUCUGUCACCACAAUCAAGACGGUGAAACAGAUGGAUGAGCUGGUGGACACUGGCACCGACACUCCGGUCUGGCAACGCUACAGACUGAAGAUUAUGAGCCUCUCCCAACAGAUGCGGAAUAACAUUCUUGCCUGCUUCAGACCAGAAUAUAAACGGACGACUUUCAUGCUCAUGGCUGUUUGGUUUACCAUGUCUUUCAGCUAUUACGGCCUGACGGUGUGGUUCCCCGACAUGAUCAAGUACAUCCAGAAGCAGGAAUAUGAAUCCCGCACAAAGACCCUGGUCAAGGAACGAGUGGAGCAUGUCACUUUUAACUUCACCCUGGAAAACCAAGUGCAUCGCGAAGGAUACUACUUCAAUGAUAAAUUCGUCAACCUGAAGAUGAAAUCCAUGUUGUUUGAAGACUCUGUGUUUGAGGAGUGCUACUUUGAGGACAUCACCUCCAUACACACUAUCUUCAAAAACUGCACCUUCAUUGCAAGUUUGUUUUAUAACACAGAUUUGUUCAAAUAUAGGUUUGUCAACUGUAAACUGGCGAACAGCACGUUUAUCCACAACAAGGAGGGCUGCAUGCUGGACUUCAGCGACGACUUCAACAAUGCCUACAUGAUAUACUUUGUUAACUUCCUUGGCACGCUGGCGGUGUUGCCUGGCAACAUCGUUUCAGCUCUAUUAAUGGACAAAAUCGGGCGUUUGAGGAUGCUGGCGGGAUCAAGUGUCAUCUCUUGUAUCAGCUGUUUCUUCCUGAUGUUUGGCAACAGUGAGUCAGGGAUGAUCGCCCUCUUGUGUCUGUUUGGCGGCAUCAGCAUCGCCUCCUGGAACGCCCUGGAUGUGAUAACGGUGGAGCUCUACCCUUCGGAUAAAAGAACCACAGCGUUUGGCUUCCUUAACGCUCUCUGUAAACUGGCGGCCGUCCUGGGCAUCAGCAUUUUCCAGUCGUUUGUUGGCAUCACCAAGGCACUACCCAUCUUAUUUGCCUCUGGCGCGCUUGCUGCAGGUAGUUUCCUUGCGACAAAGUUGCCUGAAACACGAGGCCAAGUGUUGCAGUAA